CGUGGGGUGGGGGACCGGUACGUUGCUCAACUAGAGAACUCCGCCUCGUCCUCCGAGAGCAGGCCACAGGCCAGGCUCUGGCUCACCCGCUCCCCUCCUCGCAUCUUCGCCGCCGGCGAUCAUAAUGGCGGCGCCCAUGUCCGCCAUCGAGUCCGCGUGGCAGGUCCUGAUCGCCAACUUCACCGAGUUCCAGCUCGCCACCGUCGUCACCUUCCUGCUCCACGAGACCGUCUUCUUCCUCUCCGGCCUCCCCUCCCUCCUCUUCGAGCGCUUCGGACUCUUCGCCAAGUACAAGAUCCAGAAGAAGAGCAACACCCCUGCUUACCAAAACAGAUGUGUCUUGCGUCUUAUUCUGUACCAUGUCUGUGUGAACCUGCCUGUCAUGAUUUUCUCAUACCCUGCCUUCAGAUUUAUGGGUCUUAGGAGCUCUCUUCCUCUACCACAUUGGACGGUUGUUGUAUCUCAAGUUCUUUUCUACUUUGUCCUUGAGGAUUUUAUAUUCUACUGGGGGCACAGGGCACUGCAUACGAAAUGGCUAUACAAGCAUGUUCACAGCGUCCACCACGAGUAUGCCACACCCUUUGGUUUAACUUCCGAAUAUGCCCACCCAGCUGAAAUUUUGUUCCUGGGAUUCGCCACAGUGGUUGGUCCUGCUCUUACUGGCCCUCAUCUGUUCACCCUGUGGCUGUGGAUGGUGUUGAGGAUAUUGGAGACAGUUGAAGCUCACAGCGGCUAUCACUUCCCAUGGAGCCCAUCAAAUUUCCUGCCACUGUAUGGCGGCUCGGACUUCCAUGACUACCAUCACCGUGUGCUGUACACAAAGUCAGGGAACUAUGCCUCGACAUUUGUUUAUAUGGACUGGUUGUUUGGGACGGACAAGGAUUAUCGCAAGGCAAAGACCAUUGAGGAGAAAGAAGGGAAGAAUCUGUAGAUUGUGGAAGCUGCUCAGUGAAGACAUCAGCAAGACUGGCAAUAGAGUUGAGCUCAUGGAAAAAGAGAUGGACGCACCCUAGAAACACUCAGUCAGUUAUUGCCUGACGAUCCAUACUAUAGGUUGAGAUUUUGAUUUCCUGUGUUUGCUAUGAUCAAGAAUGAGGUCCUGGCGACCUUGGUCUGUCAUGAACUGAAUCUGAUAAUUUGUAAUCUCCUCUUGGGUUUUUGCUUUGCGUUUGUUUCGACUCGGGGGUGUAUACAUAUGGGAAUGGGAUGGCCUGGCAGCAGUACUGAAUUGAACCAUCAGAGACGGCGGGAGUAGCUUUGCACCCUAGAAACUGUCCAUGAAAGUCUGGGAUGGCAAGGAUUGAUUGCUUGUGUACUUUGUUGGUAAGGGAUUUCGGAUUUGUUCUUCUCGUUUAUAUAAUUUUCCUGGAUCUCUGUAUA